AUGCCGUUCGGUUUGAAGAACGCCGGAGCAACCUACCAACGACAUGUAAACAAGAUGUUCGCAGAUAAGCUGGGCAUCACUAUGGAAGUGUACAUCGACGACAUGUUGGUUAAGUCGCUCCAUUCCAUUGAUCACCUCCGUCAUCUUCAAGAAUGCUUCGAAACUCUCAACAAAUACGGCAUGAAGUUGAACCCAGCAAAGUGCACAUUCGGAGUCUCUUCAGGCGAAUUCCUCGGCUACAUAGUCACACAGCGAGGAAUCGAGGCAAACCCAAAGCAAAUAUCCACGGUCCUGAACCUCCCAAGUCCGAGGAACAGUAGAGAAGUACAACGGCUCACUGGCCGGAUAGCUGCUCUAAAUCGUUUCAUCUCCAGAUCCACCGACAAGUGCCUCCCCUUCUACGAUCUCUUGCGAGGAAAUAAGAAGUUCAUUUGGGAUGAGAAGUGUGAGGAUGCAUUUACUCAACUCAAGCAAUACCUGACAACACCUCCAGUACUCGCUAAGCCGAACGUAGGUGAUGUUCUAUCUCUCUAUGUCGCGGUGUCACAAGCUGUUGUCAGCAGCGUUCUGAUAAAGGAAGACCGCGGCGAACAAAAGCCCAUUUUUUACACAAGCAGACGCAUGACCGGACCAGAGACGCGAUACCCGACUCUGGAAAAGAUGGCUUUAGCAGUUGUCGAGGCAGCAAGAAAGCUUCGACCGUAUUUCCAGUCACAUUCAGUGGAGGUACUGACUGAUCAACCUCUCCGAACGAUACUCCAAAACACCAACAGAUCUGGCAGACUCACGAAGUGGGCCAUCGAACUCGGCGAGCUCGAUAUUACCUACAAGAACCGCACAGCGGCGAAGUCCCAAGUCCUCGCGGACUUCCUGGUCGAGUUGGCCCCAGAAUUGGAACAAGAUCUUAUACUCCCAAGCUCAACCUGGACGCUUCACGUCGAUGGAUCAUCGACCAACAAGGGAGCAGGAGCCGGAGUCCAACUACAGUCCCCGACCGGAGAGCUAAUCAGGCAGUCUUUUAGCUUUGGCUUUCCCGCGUCAAACAACGAAGCAGAAUACGAAUCUCUGAUCGCCGGACUCCGCUUAGCAAAAGCCGUAAAAGCUAAACGACUAAGCGCCUAUUGCGACUCUCAAUUAGUCGCCAGUCAGUUCAGCGGCGACUACGAUGCCCGCAACGACCGAAUGGAUGCCUAUCUCAAAAUAGUGCAAAGCCUGACAGCAGAGUUCGAGUUCUUCGAACUCAUCAAAGUUCCCAAAGGCGAAAACGUCUGCGCCGACGCCCUCGCGGCCCUUGGCAGCAAGCUUCGUGAUCAAGUUAAACGAACCAUCCCGAUACAUCGUAUCGAGAAACCAAGCAUCGAUAUUCCUAUCGACCAAACCCUCGUUGCCCCGGUCAUCGAACCCGCUACUCCAGAUGACGACGGAUUUGGUCCUGAUUGGAGAACUGAGUUUAUCGACUACCUCUCGAAGGGAGAACUCCCAAACGACAAAUGGGAAGCUCGCCGACUAAAAACACGCAGCGCCCAUUACGUCGUUCUUGACGAUGAACUACACCGCUGGACCGCGAGUAAAGUACUCCUAAAAUGCAUUCAUGGCGACGAGACAGCAAGGAUUGUGAGUCUUACGCGAGAAGCUGCGACAAGUGCCAACGGCACGCACCUAGUAUCCAUUGUCCAACCGAAAUGUUGCGAACAACCUCCAUACCCGUUCAUGCGAUGGGCAAUGGACAUCAUUGGACCACUUCCCUGUUCCCGCCAAAGACGCUUCAUCCUUGUCCUCACCGACUACUUUACCAAAUGGAUCGAAGCUGAAGCAUACGCUCAAGUCACGGACAAAGAAGUCCGCGGUUUCGUCUGGAAAAAUAUUAUUUGCCGCCACGGUUUACCUUAUGAGAUCGUUACCGAUAACGGAUCGCAGUUCAUGUCAGGCAACUUCAAGGAGUUCUGUGGCAGAUGGAACAUUCGACUAAGCCCCUCCACUCCUCGUUACCCGCAAGGUAAUGGCCAGGCAGAAUCCUCCAAUAAACUCAUCAUCGAUGGCAUUAAAAAGCGCAUGGAUCUGAAAAAGGGUUACUGGGCCGACGAGCUCGAUGGGGUCCUAUGGAGCCAUCGCACAACGCCGCGAGGAUCGACUAAAUCGACACCUUUCUCCCUCGCCUACGGUGUAGAAGCCAUGGCUCCCGCUGAAGUCAACGUUUCAAGCCUCCGACGCUCCAAGAUGCCUCAAUACGUCGAACUCAACAAGGAAAUGCUACUCGACGCCCUUGAUGAGAUAGAAGAACGACGAGAUCAAGCUCUGCUGCGCAUCCAGAACUAUCAACACCAGAUCGAGAGUUACUACAACAAAAGGGUCCGUGCCCGACCUCUGGAACUCGGUGACCUCGUCAUGCGCAAGGUGUUUGAAAACACUAAGGAGCUAAACGCCGGUAAACUCGGCGCCAGGUGGGAGGGACCUUAUAAAAUCAUCAAAGUCGUCAAACCCGGAGUAUACCGACUUCAAACUUCACGUGGCGAAGAAGUUCCCCGAUCAUGGAACUCGAUGCACCUAAGACGUUUCUACUCCUAG